AUGGCGGUGAAUAUAACGGAAGACAAUAUCAAGGAUCUACAGUAUCGAUUCGAAGACGCGACCAUCAAAUGCUCCGAGCGAUGUCUUUACCAAUCUGCCAAAUGGGCUGCGGAGAUGCUCGACUCCCUCCUGCCGAUUGAUCAAUAUGAUACAGAUCCCGACUCGCCAAUGGAAAUAGCCGAUGCCGCUCCGACUCCCCAGAAUCCUUACCUUCGCAGCCAAGACCGUCUCGAACUUGCGUUAGAGGCCCAAGAAGCUCAUAAAUAUCUGUUGGCGAAAUCCUACUUUGAUACGCGCGAGUAUGACCGCUGUGCUGCUGUCUUCCUUCCACCAACCAUACCCCCUGUUCCACUCUCCAGCACAUCACUUCCUACGACAUCGCCGAAACCGAAAACGAGACAAUCAUUGACUCCGCAGAAAGGCAAAGCCAAAGCUACUUCGUACUCGAGUGUCAAGGAGAAUAGCACGGCAAGGAAUCCAUACCCCAAGUUGAGUCAAAAGUCACUGUUCCUUGCCUUGUACGCCAAAUAUCUAGCGGGGGAGAAGCGGAAGGAUGAAGAGACCGAGAUGGUGCUGGGCCCGGCAGAUGGCGGGAUGACCGUCAACAGAGAACUCCCCGGCUUGGCUUGGGGGCUUGAAGGGUGGUUUGCGGAGAGACGAGAAAGAGGCCUGGAAGAGCGCAACCAGGGCUGGCUGGAGUAUCUUUACGGUGUUGUUCUUCUAAAAGGUCGUAAUGAAGAGGAAGCCAAGAAGUGGCUUAUCAGGAGUGUUCACUUGAACCCAUUCCACUGGGGUGCUUGGCAAGAGCUGAACGAUUUGCUUUCAAGCACGGAAGACCUGAAACAAAUAGUGGACCUUCUCCCUCAGAACAUCAUGACCCUCAUCUUUCACGUUUAUUGCAGCCAAGAGCUCUACCAGGCGACCGAAGACACCUACCAGGCCCUCUCAGAGCUCGAGACAAUCUUUCCCACCAGUGCAUUCCUAAAGACACAAAAAGCGCUUCUCUAUUACCAUUCGAAAGACUUUGAAGAAGCAUCACAUAUAUUUACAGAGAUAUUGAUAACAUCCCCUCACCGUCUUGACAGCCUUGAUCAUUACUCCAAUAUACUUUACGUCAUGGGAGCGCGUCCACAGCUAGCCUUUGUCGCGCAGGUCGCAACCGCCACCGAUAAGUUUCGCCCUGAAACAUGCUGUGUAGUCGGCAAUUAUUACUCGCUAAAAUCCGAACAUGAAAAAGCCGUGAUGUACUUCCGGCGCGCCCUUACACUCGACCGAAACUUUCUCUCGGCCUGGACCCUCAUGGGCCAUGAAUAUAUCGAAAUGAAAAAUACCCACGCGGCAAUCGAGUCCUACCGGCGGGCCGUUGACGUGAACCGCAAAGACUACCGUGCGUGGUACGGGCUGGGCCAAGCGUACGAAGUGCUGGACAUGUCAUUCUACGCCUUAUUCUACUAUCAGCGCGCAGCAGCGUUGCGGCCCUACGAUCCCAAAAUGUGGCAGGCGGUUGGAUCCUGCUAUGCCAAGAUGGGCCGUGUUGAGCAAAGCAUCAAAGCGCUCAAGCGCGCCCUUGUCGCCGGUUCAUAUUACGCAGACGAUGCCUCUCAGGGCGGUGGAUUGGGCGGACCAGGGCGCAAGAUUCUCGACCCCGAGACCCUUCACCAGAUUGCCACCCUCUACGAACGGCUCGGGGAUGAAGAAGAAGCCGCCUCAUACAUGGAGCUCACGCUACAGCAGGAAACUGGGCAAGGGCCCGAGGAUGAAUCCUUUGUCUCAGACAAUGACAAUGACGAUGACCAAUCCGGCGGUGAAGGUCAGCAAGGCGCACGGCGUGCUCGACAGUCCUCUUCGUUCGGCAACCAGAACGAUAGCGAGGAUGGUACAUAUCAUGGUACUGGUGUGACGGCUACGACAUCCAAGGCACGUCUGUGGCUUGCGCGGUGGGCCUUGCGCCACGGUGACCUGGAACGAGCAGAUCAAUUGGCGGGUGAACUGUGUCAGGACGGAGUCGAAGUUGAAGAGGCAAAGGCAUUGAUGAGAGACGUCCGGGCCAGACGAGAAGGGGGUGGGUAA